AUGGUGGAUUUCUCGUCUUGGACUGAUCCUCAUGAUAGAUCCACCCGACUGCGUGUAGCGCAGGAACUUGUCGAAGCCUGCCAAAGAGUCGGGUUUGUAUACAUCAUCAACCAUUCUCUACCGGAGUCAAUGCUGGAGGAAGCAUUCGAAUGGACCAAGAGCUUUUUUGAUCUGCCAAAAGAGGAGAAGUUGAAGGCUCCCCACCCAGAAGGCUGGGCCAUUCAUCGAGGGUAUUCGUGGCCAGGGCUGGAGAAAGUCACACAGACCAUCAGCACUGGUGAUGAUGAUAAAAUAAAACAGAAGUUGAGAGAGGUGCCAGAUGUCAAGGAGAUAUACGAUAUUGGUAGUGAUGAGAAUAGUGAGCAACCCAACCAGUGGAUUCCGGAUGAAUCUCUCCCUGGCUUUAGGGAGUUUAUGAAAAAAUUCUACUGGGAAUGCAACCGGGUUGGUGGUGAUGUGCUACGUGCCUUGGCCGUUGGUUUAAAUCUGGAGGACGAGUCUUAUUUGGCAAAGAAGCACACAGGGCAUGAUAACCAAGUGCGACUGCUCCAUUACUUGCCUAUCCGCGCCGAGGAGAUAGAGAAAGGACACGCCACUCGUUGCUCAGCACACUCAGAUUGGAGUUCGAUAACAAUGCUCUUCCAAGAUGACUGCGGCGGUUUAGAGGUGGAAGAUAUUUCUCGACCGGGCACAUUUGUACCUGCGGAACCUGUGAAGAAUGCCAUUGUCAUGAAUAUUGGGGAUCUUUUGAUGAGAUGGAGUAAUGACCGACUUCGAUCCACGAAGCAUCGCGUCCAAUUGCCGCCUUUCGCGGAUCAUUUCGAGGGUCCCGAUCGGAUGACGCGCGAUCGAUAUUCCAUCCCCUAUUUUAUGACCACGGACUCCAAUACAGUUAUUGAGUGCAUCCCCUCCUGUAUAAGCGAGGACAAGCCCGCCAAGUAUGAGCCAAUCAAGCAGAUUGAUUACACCCGAAUGCGAGCUUCUAUGAUGUACUUGGCAGCUUGA